CCUCCUCCAAACUCUCACCCUAAAAAGAAGGUGAUCCCCCCUCGAUCCCCGUUGUGCUCACAACAUCCUCUUCCCCAUCUCUUCUUUUCUCAUGUGAGAACCGGUUGAAGGAGAACGCUGGUAGCUAGCUACCGUUUGAAAUGGAUUCGCCAUCUGACCUUAGCCUGGAUUUCAAACCAAAUAGCUAUCCAAUGAUCCAAAAGAGUCUUGGAGAUCAAACAGACCAGACCCAAAAGAUCCAAGAGUUCCUAGCUCACCUUGAAGAGGAACGGCUUAAGAUCGAAGCAUUCAAGCGCGAGCUGCCUCUUUGCAUGCAACUUCUCAACAAUGCCGUGGAGACUUAUAGGCAGCAGUUAGAAACAUACCAAACGAACCAAGCGCCGAGACCGGUCCUUGAAGAGUUCAUUCCUCUCAAGCACACGAGCGUUGAUGGCUCGGAGAAGGCACCGAAUGCGCCUUCCGAGAAGGCAAGCUGGAUGGUCUCGGCGCAGCUCUGGAGCCCGGCCAACGUUGCAACCAGGAACCAGCAGCCACUAAGUGCAGCCCCGCUAAAAGAGACCGAGCAUGCAUUCGACGUGAGCCCCAAGCUGGCCCUGGAUACCAAGCAAAGGAACGGCGGCGCUUUCCUCCCUUUCUCUAAAGAGAAGAACAAAGGCAUGGGUUCAGCUUCGCGGGAACUCCCAGAGCUGGCACUCGCUUCCUCGGAGAAAGCAGUCGAGGAGAAGAAGUCGUGUGUGGAGAUGGAUGGUGGAAGUAUCGGCAUGAGGAGAGAUAAUGGUGGUAAAGGUGGAGGAGCGGAACAAGGGAAGAGUGGAAGCAAUCCGGCCACUGAGGGGCAGCCGGCGCCCCAAACUCAUCGGAAGGCCAGGAGGUGCUGGUCGCCGGACUUGCACCGCCGCUUCGUCAAUGCUCUUCAAAUAUUAGGCGGCUCUCAAGUUGCCACCCCGAAGCAGAUAAGAGAGCUGAUGAAGGUUGAUGGACUGACAAAUGAUGAGGUUAAAAGCCAUCUUCAGAAAUAUCGGCUACACACGCGGAGACCGAUCCCAGCACCGCAGGCAUCAGUGGCGGCGGCGCCACAGCUGGUGGUGCUCGGCGGCAUCUGGGUCCCACCCGAGUACGCUACGUCGGCCGCCGCUGCUGGUCAGGCCAUCUACGGGGCCCACGCGGCUCCGGCCCACUACUGCCCGACGCCCGUUCCCCAGGAGUUGUACGCGGCACCACCACUGCCGCACCACCACCACCACCACCUCCACCCCCCUCUCCACAGAAGCACUGCCGCCGCCACGGCGGCCUCUGCCUACAAGAACAGGCUGGGAUCUCCGGAGUCGGAGGUGAGGAGCGGCGGCGAGCGGUCGGAGAGCAUCGCGGAGGAGGAGGAAGGGGAGGAGCGGGAGGAGGAGGAGGAGGAAGAGGAUGACGGGGAGGCGGCGGCGGCGACGGAAGGGAAGGUGGAGAAGAAGGCUUUGGUGCCGCUGGCUGUGAAGACGGAGGAGGGUGGUGGCCGCGGCGGCGAGGUCGCCCUCAAAAUCUAGGGCUCCGUCGGCCUUCGUUUGUUUUCCUCUUCCGGGGUAGUCGAGGUUCAGGGUUUCGGAGGCGCUUGUUUUCCGCUUGCGGAAACUAGAAAACGAGUGAGACGUACAGUAGGGGUUGUUUGUCGUACUGAGCUCACCAUCCUUUUGCGACUUAGAUUUCGUAAAAAUGAUGGGAUUGUCGUUGUUCUGUUUGGAACUUGGGAAAACGACGAGCUAUGAAUUGGAUUCUCCUA